AUGGGAUUAAACGAGGCUGAUGAUGUCCUCGAUGACUUCCAAUAUGAGGCUCUGCGCCGCGAGGCCCAGGCCGGCGAGUCCACGCCACGAAAGGUACUCUACUUCUCGCGUGAUCGGCUUGUGUUCCAUCAGAAGGCCAGCAGGGACCUCAAGAACGUGCUCGAUAAGAUUGACGAGCUGGUGUCGGAGAUGAAUACUUUUGGUCUGCUGCAGCGUGCGGAGGCACCGCAAGCUCUGUAUCGGCAAACCUACCCAGCAUUGGAUGAGUCUCUGGGUAUCAUUGGCAGGGAAGACGACAAGGAGGUGGUGGUGAAGAUCUUGCGCGACCAGGAAGAUCACAAGAUUGUUCAGGUGCUGCCCAUCAUUGGAAUGGGGGGUGUGGGCAAGACCACGCUAGCCAAGAUGGUGUACCACAACCGCAUGAUUCAGAAGCACUUUCGGUUGAAGAUGUGGCACUGUGUGUCAGAAAACUUUGAAGCCAUUUCUCUUGUGAGAUAUGUGUAA